AUGUCUGCAGACGACCGUCAAGAAGUCAUCGAUGCGUUCAUUGAACGGCAACGUGAUAAUUUUCAUCAAUUAGUUCAAAAUCUAUCGAUUUAUUAUCAGAACUUUCGUUCCCAAUUUGCUUUUCCUACGGAUAAGUCACAACAACGCUACCUUUAUCUAACUGUUCUUUUGUCUCUUAUUCUCGUGACAAUCAUCUAUUUAAUCGUUGUCGAUUAUCAGCGUUUAGUAAAACUUGUUCGUACUUAUUUUCGUUUCGCUUAUUCUUAUUGGCAAGUAUUAUUCACAAGAAUAAGAAACAAAUUUUUACAAAAAACAACGCCGUCGUUGUUGAAUAUCUUACUAAACCGUAAAAGUCACAUCCGAGAUAAAUUUUCGCAAGAAUUCCUUCGCGCAAUCAAUCAAGAACUUUUGAAUCGAAAGGACCGACUCAGCGUGGAAACUCUGCAAUUUGCUAAUGCGAAAAUUCAUAAUGUUUCUCAAAAUAAUAAUAACAGAAGUGCUGAAACAACUGCUGAAAAGAUCAUCAUCAAUGCAGUGCUCGAUAUUGACCAUUUGACUUUGAAUAUGGUCCAUACAUUCAAAGAACAACAUUUCUCGGUGGAAACACAGAAAUUAUCCGGUCAAAUUUAUAUUUUAUUAGUUGUUAAUCCUAAUCAGUAUUCAAUCGAAGCUAACCUUCAACAGCUUCAACUUUAUCCUGUUAACAUUAUUGAUUCGAAUCAUGCUUUAUCGGAAAGUGACAAACAAAAUCUUGUUAAAUUAUUAGACGAGACGAUCAGUCGAACCGUUGUUCGAUGUUCGUUUCGUCUCUCUGAUACUCAAGAAGGUCCGAAUGCAACUUAUCUUUACAAUUCUUCAACAACAUCUUCUUCUGGAGCAACUAAACCGUCGACAUCUUCUGCACAACUUACCACCUCAUCUAUUCAAACAACUACGUCUCGUUCUCCUCAAUUAAACUCAGCUAAAUAUCAACCAACUGACUCUAUACCCACAGUAUUAAUCAAUAAUACACAUCAACCUUCAUAUACAAGUGACUCAUUGAUCAACACAGAAUCGAAAAGACUACUUGUUCGUAUUGUCAAAGCAGUGAAACUACAUGAUGUUGGACAACCUUACUGUAUUCUCGAGUUAAAUCAUCCUCAUCAAGUUCAGAAAACAAGUAUAGCUAACAAUGGUCUCAAUCCAUUUUGGGAUGAACGUUUUCUAUUCGAAUGUGAUGAUAAAAGUAAUCAAAUACAUUUACAAAUUAUCGAUCGAAAACAAGCAAUUAAGCGAACAGGCAAUAACUACGUCGACACAGUUCAUGCGGAUGUUUUGAUACCGUUCUCCUAUGUUCAGAAUACGACCUACAAGCAAGAUGUUCAAUUCAGUCCACAACAUCCCGAAUCCAUUAUUCGUCUUGAGUUCUCAACGUUAUCUGAAGAAGAUGCAUUAGCUGCUAGUAAUGGCUACGAUGUCGAAAGUCUAACUGACAGUCAAACUUGGACAUUUAAUGACCGAGAAGGAAAUCGAAUUGAUCAAGAAUAUCCUCAUCAAUUUCAACAAUCAACAUCGAAUGAUUUCUUAACGUCAGCGUAUGAUGUUGGAAGUUUACCAAAACACUAUGGUCUAUCUUCGACUAUAUACGAUGACGAACGUGAUUAUUCAUCGACAAUUCCUCGAACUACUGGUGCGAGCUCGUAUUCUCCGUCGACUCCGUUAACACCUCGAGAUGGCGCUGGCCUUACAGGUGAUAAACCACAAAAGUCCAAGUCAUUUAUGAGUUCUCUAAAGCAUUUAACAUUACCUCGACGAAAACAUAACAAGAAUAAAUAUGAUACAAGUAUGGGUUCUCAAACAAGCAGCAUCACACAAUUGAACACUUCUCUGCAAUCACCGCCGACAAAUUUAACAUCGCACAGUUUGUCAUCUGCUCUACCAGGACCAUAUCCCGAAUAUUUUCUGUCGAAUACAAUGGAAUCAACACCAAUCCGUCGUAGUCGUUCAAUAUCCCAAUCAUUCAGAAAUCUGUUUCGUUCGAAUUCAAAGAAGAAAGCGAUGGCAGCCAGAGCUGAUGCUAUGGGUGAAUUUGAGAAUGGCACACACAACUAUGUUAGUGAUAAUCGUAGUCAUUUAUCAACAUCGGUUCCAACAUCCAAGAAACUUUCAUUUUUGCAACGACGAAAAUCAAAACAAAAAGCGAAGAAUCAAUCAACGAAUUCUCUCUCAAGUUAUGACUGUUCAAGUGCUUCCUCAAUGGAAUCUGUGCGCGAUACACCCAUCCGCGCUAACGUUGGCCAUCCAGUGACGAUGACAAAAUCACUUGUACGAUGA